AUGACGCCGCACGGUGCAGGGGUCCUUCUUGGGAUUCUUACAGUAAUCUAUGUGAAAGUAAGUUGCGACAACUGAACUGUGGGUGUUUUGCGGGGAUGGUGUGAAAUACAAAGGCCCCAUUUUAGAUUGGAGUGGAAGGAUGUUCGGGAACAGGCGCUUUUUGCAGAUUCUACAGUCAGUUGGAUGUUAUGGACCAGGCUCUGAUCAACGAGCUCAUGGAAGAAGUUCAGCACGCAAAACCACAGAAAAGUAAGCCGUUGUUUGGUAUCCGUAAAACGCGACUUUGAAUUAAAAAAAAAAUAUAUAAAAGUCGAAAAAAUUUUCUUCGACAACAGAUUCCUACAUCCCAAUAUAUGGGAGCUUUACAGGAGAUUCCAAAUUUACAGGAGAGUUCGGCAAAAAAGGAAGUGAGCCCAACUUUUUGCGGUUCGGCAAACGCGCAGCUCCCGCCCCCAACGCGGCCGGCGCCAAUUUCCUGCGUUUCGGUGAGUCGGAGCGCCGGACUAGCAACGGACAAGUUUCAGGGAAAUCGGGCGCGGAUCCAAACUUCUUGCGCUUCGGGAAACGAGCCACCGAGUUCCGCCUCGACGCCACCGAACCCAACUUCCUGAGGUUCGGCAAACGACCCGACCCCUCGGCCAUGAGCAACAACUUUUUGAGGUUCGGGAAACGAUCCAGCCUAGACACUCUGGAUCGGGAACAACGACAGAGCAACAACUUCCUCAGAUUUGGAUGA